AAUUGUAACCUCUAUACGUCAAUGAGUGAAUCUUUAAGUAAAAGAGACGUAAUGGUAGUUUGGGAGUGCUAGUGGUAUUAAAUAACAUGUCCAUAGAGACUCGCUCCAGUUCGGCCCUUUUUAAAAGGGCAGAACAAUUAAAGCGUUGGGAAGAAUCGGAUACGAAUCGCGAGUCGAUAACGCCAAAGCAAAAACCUAAAAAAGUGAAAUUCUCGUCCGGUUGUGUAUUUCUGGCAGCGUGUGCCGCGGGUGACAAGGAAGAAGUGCUACGCCUAAUCGAAAAGGGGGCCGAUAUCGACACGGCGAACGUCGACGGCCUGACGGCAUUACAUCAGGCAUGUAUAGACGACAACUUGGAUAUGGUAGAGUUUUUGGUGGAGCAUGGUUCCGAAGUAAACCGAGGUGACAAUGAAGGUUGGACGCCGCUACAUGCGACUGCCAGUUGUGGUUUUUUGUCGAUAGCCAAGUAUUUGAUAGAACACGGUGCGAACGUCGCCGCCGUCAAUAAUGAUGGAGAGCUACCGCUUGAUAUUGCCGAAUGUGAGGAUAUGGAGGACCUUCUUCAAAGCGAAAUCGAUGAACAAGGUGUUGACUGUGAUGCUGCGAGAUCUGAGGAGGAAAGACAAAUGUUUGGCGACGCGAAAGAGUGGCUGGCGAAUAAUUCUAAUCUGGUAGAUUCGAUUCAUCCAAAGACCGGCGCGACAGCCUUACAUGUAGCGUCGGCGAAAGGUUAUGUGAAAGUCAUCAAGCUUAUACUUCAGUGUGGCGCUGAUGUGGAUAAACAAGAUGUUGACGGAUGGACGCCUUUACAUGCAGCUGCCCAUUGGGGCCAAAAAGAAUCCGCUAAAAUAUUAACUGAACAUUUUGCAGAUAUGGAUAGUAAAAACUAUGUCGGUCAGACUGCUUUCGACGUUGCGGACACCGACAUGUUUCAAUAUUUGGAGGAUCUCCAGAAGAAUCAAAACAAGGAGGAAGUAUUAAAUAGGAGGCAGGCUAAGAAGCGAUCCGAGAUUUCGGCGGAACCCGAAACGCCGACGAAACUCAAGAGGAUCGAAGUCGAAAUCGAGGAGAAGGAAAAGGAUAUUUUGGAAAUCGGUGGAAUGGAUGUCUCCAGUGAAAGUGAAACAGAGUCUGACACCAGCAGUAGUGAUACGGAGUCCAACUCUGUUAAUAGUACGGAUGAGGAUAAGAAGAAUAGGGUAAAUUCAUUAACGAAUAACGAAGUAAUUACGAAUAACGACGAAGAGGCUGUGAAAAUAUCUGUAAAUACCGCCGCCCCUACUAUUCCGCCGAAACCGUUGGCCGACAAUAACUCGGACGACAAUCUGCCGACGUGGAGGAGGCCUGUUACACGACAAACCAAAGUUGACCCUAUCAAAACUUCUAGCUUUAGAGAUCGGAGCAGUACGGGUGAAAACGCUGCUAAUAACGAAAACGAAGUAUUAUUAACCAGGACAAAUAGUUUCCAAAACGAUCCUGUGUUCUACACGAAAUAUCAAGCGCUGCGUGCACGCAUUCGGGCCAGCUCGUUAUCCCAGAACAAUUCCCAAUCCUUACGCUCCCAAUCCCCAUACAUUAUUGCUCCCUCUAACAAUGUCGGGCGGCAAAGCAGAAGUGUCGGUAAAGAAAAUACAAUUGAUCACACAACCGUUAGCAGUACACCUUCGUCUGUGACAACAAGUUCGUCAAACUCUCCAACUCCUACCAGUCCGUUACCUGGCAAUCAACCCGUCCGGAGCGGUUUAAAGUUGACUUUGGGAGCGACGACGCUCCUCCCUACAAAUUCUGUCGCAACUCCGUCAACCCCCACUACCCCGGGUGGAACUAGAUUAGCUGUCAUUAAAAAUUUCUUCAAAUCGUUUGUGCCGCCCGUAAGGGACGAGGAGAGCGAAACGCAGCGAAAGGCGCACGCCAAGCGAGUACGCGAAACUCGGCGGUCCACGCAAGGCGUCACGCUAGAGGAGAUCAAAUCUGCCGAACAGCUCGUUAAAAAGAAGAACCAGACCGGCGUCAACAACAACAAUAAUAACACCAACAACAAUGAACAGGCCGAUUCCUCUAACGGUGUGAGUGUGACUGCCACUAUAACCACAGCCGCACCUACUGUUCCUACGCGUGAUAAUGAAGAGUCUGCUUCUGUGUAUGAACGCAGGCCUUCGUGGAGACUUAGGGUUGAUAAUGGCGUCAAGUUUAAAUUAGAAGACGCGACUAAAGAAGAAGAAUUACCGUCGACACCUUCGUUUUUGAGAAGGCCCUCGCCCGUAACAAACCCGCCUCUUAGACCCGUUUCGAAUCCGGUGGAAUGCGCCGAAGCGACCAUAACGAUACCGUUACGUAGGCCAAAAUCACAGGACAAUAAAGGUUCGAUAUUUCCCCUUUUUCGGGAAGUAAUUCUAAAGUUUACCCUUGCAGAACAAGACAAGGAAAAUGACGCUCGUAACGCACAGGCCACUUUGGCGACGCAGGCCGCCAUACAAAGGAGGAGAAGGCCGAAAAGGAGAUCGACGGGAGUCGUGGCAUUUGACAAUCUUGACGACCUAGAUUCAGAAAAGGAUCAGGGUACAGGAGGGGGCGAUUUUGACGACUCGGCGAAACAAAAUCAUGACGAGAGUGGCACAGAUAGAUCAAACAGAAGCUCCAGAUUAGGAAGUACGACCGAUAUCCGCGGUGAAAAUGGAGAAAUAGAUUAUAAAAAAUUGUAUGAGCAAGCAAUUUUAGAAAAUGAUAGACUUAGAGAUAAACUUAAAAAAUCGGACGAGGAGUUAAGGGACACCAAACAGACGCUGGAAAGACUUAAUACAGUGACAAGUAAAAAUUCGCUAUCGGAAUUAGAGAAGAGAGAGAAAAGAGCUAUGGAAAGGAAACUUAGCGAAAUGGAGGAGGAAUUAAAGCAAUUGCAAAAACUGAAAGCUGAGAACGAACGGCUACGGGCCGAAAACAGGGCUCUCACACGUGUUGUCAGCAAACUUACCAACUCUGCAAAUAAAUAGCAAUUGGAAAUUUUAAAGUCUGAAAACCAGAGGUUAAAAGAUGAAAACGGAGCCCUAAUUCGCGUAAUUAGUAAGUUAUCUAAAUAAUCUUAGAAACGUAGACGUGUACACUUCCUAGAUGAUUUUAUAAUAAUUUGUAAUUUAUAUCGACUAUAGCAAUGAUCCUUCAUUUACAAUUACGGCAUCCUACGAACUUGUCGCCUAGUAUUACUUUUAUUUAGUUCUCGAUCAGUUUUUCCCGUUUUUAAUGAACCGUUUGCAUUUCUUUGUUGUGACUGUUAUUUUAUUUGUUGCUCUUUGUAAUUUUAGGAAAAUUUUCGAUGUUGUGUAGUUUCUUUUUAUGUAGUUGACUAGUUUCGUUAAUCAUGUAUUUUAUAUUUUCGAAGAAAUUUGUCAUUUUUUAAACUGUGUCUAAUGUUCACUGAUUUUGACGAUUAGAGAAACCAAUUGAGUACAAAUUUAAAGCAGUUUUUGUUACAAUCAUUAUCAGUAAUGGGAAAUUGACGGACGAUACAGGAUCUUGCACGGGCUAUCUGUGUGGCUUACAAAAAAUUCGUACUUAUAAUUUGACUGGCAGGUCACUGCAUCAUCCUGUAUUUUACAAAAUAUAGCAGCUUUCAAAUUGAAGAAUUUAACGUUUUCACUUUCCUGGUGCUAUGUACGAUAGUGUAAUAAAUCAUUAGCUGUAAGUUGUAGUAUUAAGUUAGUUUCCUGUUGUCAGUAUAAAAAUGGUGGCGAGAUGUACUUGUAAAUAUAGCUUUUAUAUGAUUGCAACUACCUACUACAAGUUCAAUCAUGUAAGAACGAUAUUCGACCACCGUGUAUAUAAUAAUUCAUCUUUUACAUGUAUUCUAUAAAAUUAUUUAAGAUCAUGAUUCAUCACUUUGUGCCUUGCUUUCAUUGUAUUUAUUGAAUUAGUUUAUAAUUUACGAUGUACUAUAAAUUAUUUUCUGUAUUUAUUGUGUAUUGUUCUUGAAGGUUCAUACAAACUUAAUAAUAACUACCUGUGAAAUAA